UAACAAGAGCUUUUCCAGGAAUGCUUGUUAAGGAACAAGAAAAAGAUGAAGUGCGAGUUCCACCAGAAAAUGGGGCUGACCCACACCACCCUGAAGAAAGUGGAAUGGAAGGAGGUGGGAUAGAGUGAGCAGGUUGUUCACAUUCUUGGGAUGUCCACUGUCAUCAACAAACUCCGGGCCAAGGCCCUUUUUCUUCCUCCUCAGGUAUAUAACCUUGCCACCAGAGUGACGCUUGUCACUGCAGAUCCACCACUAUGUCGUUCACCUCCAGAUCCUACACCUCUUCUGGCCACGGUUCCCGCAUCUCCACCUCCCAAGCUGGGGGAUUCUGCAGCACAUCUUCCUCCAGGGGUGGCUUGGACACGGCUGACGGCCUGGACCUCCACGUGUCAGCCAACGAGAAGUCCACCAUGCAGAACCUGAACGACCGCCUGGCCUCCUACCUGGGGAAGGUGAGAUGUCUGGAGAAGGAGAAUGCCGAGCUGGAGAAGAAAAUCAAGGAUUGGUAUGCGUCACGCACGGUUAUCUGCCACGACCACAGCGCCUACUUUGCCACCAUCGCUGGCCUGAAGGACAAGAUCCAUUUGGCAUCCAGGUCCAAUGCCAAGACUUUGCUGGACAUUGACAAUGCCAAGCUUGCUGCUGAGGACUUCAAGAUGAAGUAUGAGAACGAGCAGUCCAUGAGGAUGGCAGUGGAGGCAGACAUCAGUGGUCUGAGGAGGGUCCUGGAUGACAUGAACCUGGGCCGCUCUGACCUGGAGAUGCGUUACGAGGGCCUGAAGGACGAGCUCGUCGUGCUCCAGAGGAGCCACCAGGAGGAGAUUGCCAUGGUAAAGUCCCACGUGGGCAGCCAGGUGAAUGUAUCGGUGGAUGCUGCCCCAUCCCAGGACCUGAACGCAGCCAUGACCGAGAUUAGGAAGCACUACGAGUCUGUGGCCGUCAAGAACCGCAAAGAGCUGGAAGCCUGGUACCAGGGCAAGCUGGCCACAGUGGAGAUUGAAGUCGUGACAAACAAUGAGCAGCUGGUUAGCUGCCUCACAGAGUCGAAGGAGACCAAGAACACCCUCCAGAGGCUUCAGAUUGAACUGCAGUCCCAUCUGAGCAUGAAAUCUUCCUUGGAGGGCACCCUGGCAGACACCCAGAAGCGCUACUCUGCUCAGCUGGCAGGGCUCCAGAGCAUGGUGACUAGCCUGGAGCUCCAGCUCUCCCAGCUCCACGCCAACAUCACCCACAACAAGCAGGAGUACGGCAUGUUGCUGGACCUCAAGACCCGGCUGGAGCUGGAGAUUGCAGAGUACAGGAGGCUGCUGGACGGAGAGGACGACAGCUCCACCCAAGUGGUUACCAAGACGAUCAUCGUGACCCAGACCACUGUGGAUGGAAAGGUGAUGGAAACUACUGAGUCUUUUAAAUAAGUUAUUAAUAGAACCAUCAAUAAAGAUUAUGUGGUUGAAUGAGAAUGGACUGUGUGGUUUCACUUGUUUCAGAGAUAUUCAUGCUUUAUCAUAGACAGACUAUAAGAAUGUCUGAGUAUGGAUGUCAUAGCAGGUACAUUUUGUGUUCUCAUUUCAAAUGAAUUGUUUUCAAUUUGACAUCUUUCAACCAAAACAUGGUGUACAGCUCUACAGUUGACCUCAGAAACAGUCUCCAUACGUACACGUAACUCUGCAUCUAAUACUUGAACAACUGAGAGUUUGAUUAAUGGAGACAUACUUAUGUAAUUCUGCUGACAACUAGUGUGACGACCCUCCCGUUAUGUCUGGCAAAUUCUUUCUCUUUGCUCUUGUUUUCCUUGGUGGGAUGUCGGGGGGCGGAGCCGGGAGGGUCGUCAGCGAUGUGGGACGCACCUGGGAUCAGUUGUGUCUCGGAGAUGUAUACACCUUUUCCCCCCGGUUCACUGAGGAAACUCUCACCACGUAGACACACUAUUAUUUUUGGUUCUGGCGUUUUGUGGUUUCUUUGUUUUGGGACGUCUCAACACCCCUCAUUAUCACCAUCGAUGAAUGCAACCGCUCACUUACACUACUGACUACACACACCAUUGUUAAUUGUAUAUAGUUUACUUUAGUUAAUAUAUGUACUUUUGUUAUUCCUCAUCUCCACGUUGUCACCCUCUUUGUUAUGGGCUUCAAGCCCAUUUGUGACACUGGCAAUCAGACUUCUUCUAUCCGCAAUUCAAUAAUGCAAAGAAUUAAGCUCAACUCAGCAGAAGAGAAUGUAAUAAAUUACACUAUUCAAGA